AGUUCUUCCCCCUCCUCCUCUCUUUUUUUUCUUAUAUAUAUAUAUAAUACCAUGACUAGUACUUUAAGAAACCAAACCCUUAUGAUUGGCAAGACAGGUUCUUCUGUUGUUUCAUUUCAGGAAGAAGAUGCUCAAUGUCCUGUAUGUAAGAGUGAUAAGUAUCUUACACCUAAUCUCAAACUACUUGUAUCGCCAUGCUUUCAUAAAAUGUGCGAAUCAUGUAUUGAUCGUCUGUUUGGCGCAGGACCUGCACCAUGUCCUAUCUGUCAGCAAGUAUUAAGAAAGAACCAAUUCAUGUCACAGAUCUUUGAAGAUUUAGCAGUAGAAAAAGAAGUGCGUAUACGUAAAAGGGCAGCCAGAGUGUUCAAUAAGAGACCAGAAGAUUUUAGUAGUCUAAGAGCAUAUAAUGAUUACUUAGAAAUGGUAGAAGACAUAACCUUUAAUUUGAUGAAUGAGGUAGAUGUAGCUGAGACAGAAGCCAAGAUUGCAGCCUAUGAAAAAGAAAAUAAGGACAGUAUUGCAGCCAACCAAGCCAAGAGUGUCAAUGAACAGCGAGUCAGAAACUACCAAGAUGAACUAGACAAACAAGAGCGAGAACAGAAGCACAAAGAAUAUUUACAGCAAUUAGAAGAAGAAAGAAAGCAAAAGAAUUAGAGAAAUCAGACAUUAUUACCGAGCUAGCCACGACCAACAAAUCUGCUCAAGCAGUAAUUCAGAACAGGCAAGCUACUGCUCUUAAGCGAUCUUCUGCUUUACGUCAAUCCAACGAAACCAAGAAAUCGAUGCCUUCUUGGAUUACUGCUGCCAUGGAUACAGAAAUGAAGGAAGCGGAAGCUGAUUUUGAUCCAUUUGAUCUACAGUAUGAAUACACCACUGGAUAUACUGUGCGGGAUAAUUAUAGUGAUCCAUCUGUUGAUUACUUGAAUAACAAUAAGCCGGCAAGAGCAGGUGGUUAUACAGCCAGAUUUGCUCAUCAUCGUGCUAUUAUGUCUGCAUUUACUGGUAUUCUGUGUCAGCCUAUGA